GAGAGAAGAAAAAGGGUUUAGUUUAGGUCAAGAGAGAGAGAGACAGUACUGGUGUGGUUUGUGGUUUCGGCUCUCUCGCGACACGCAGCAGAAUGUUCAAGAAGGCGGUGGAGGCUAAGUCUCACCAGCGUCUCUCCGGCGCCGAUCGGAAAAAACUCCGGCGCACCGUUCAAAAUAGGUUUUCUCUCCUCACCGAUGAGCUCCUCGACGCCAUCCUUCCUCCCAAGGUGGAGAUAACUGUUUCAAAGUUCCAGAACCGUGUUCUUGUCUAUAGUAUUGAAGGUGGAUGUCCUAUGUUUUUCGAUAUUGAUGGAAGAGGGAAUGAGAUUUUACCCACAGUGUUUGCUCUAUGGGAGGCUCCUGAGAUGUUACCUUCCUUUAUGUUGAAAGGAGGUGAGGUUUCGCGGUAUGUACUAGGCGGUGCUGAUUUGAUGUUCCCUGGUAUAUUGAUCCCUCCCGAAGGCUUUCCUUCUUUCUCAGCUGGAGAGAUAUGGUCUGUCAAAGUUCCUGGGAAUGCGGCACCUAUUGCUGUUGGGUUUACCACAAUGAGUAGUGCAGAAGGUAUUAAAGCAGGUUUGCGUGGGAAGGCUUUACGGAUAGCUCAUUAUUACCGUGACUUCCUCUGGGAAUCAGCUGAGGGGCAUUAUGUUCCAAAUGCUGGGUUUUGGGAGGAUGUUGUCAUGGAGGAUCCAGCGUUCCUUGCUUCUGGUUCAGGUGAGGAAAUUUCAGACGCUUCAGCUGGGCAGCAGACAAGCACAGGAAAUGAAGAAGAUGCAUCUGCUUUGGAAACAGCUUCAACCUCAGCUACUGAUGCUAAGAAUGGUACUGAAGAAGACAUAGUUGGAAGCAUGAAUGAGGUUAACUUAGGAGAUGACGUUUCUGCUAAUGAAGCUAAUACUGAGAAGCAGAAUCCUCUCUCCACAGAGGAGGUAGAUGCCCUUCUUGACCAAUGCCUUUUGCAAGCAUUGCAUACAACACUGAAAGAGAAGGACCUUCCCAUACCAGGAAGCACUUUAUGGGCAAAUCAUGUAUUACCUUGUAGGCCUCCUGGGAUCACACUAGACAUUAAGAAGUCUUCCCAUAAAAAACUGUCAAAGUGGCUGCAAUCUAAAGCUUCUGCAGGAAUGAUAACUGUGAAAGAAGACAAGCACAAGAAGGAGAUUGUGCUGAUCUCAGUUAACCGCAGGCACCCUGAUUACUCAUCCUUCAAGCCAGAGAAAAAGAAAUCAGAAAUCUCCGAGUCUUCUGUCGCCAGCUCCACAGCACAAGCUCAGUCAGACAAAAUGCUUGAAAUCAUAGAGGUCUACAAACCAAGCAUACACAACAGCGCAAUAUUUGCAUCACUCGGAGAAGACAAAGGAAAGCUAUACACAGCUUCAGAAGCCUCUGACGUCGUCUUCAAAUACAUCGAGAAGGAAAAUCUGGUGAAGCCAACAAACAAGUCAAUGGUGGUGCUGGAUCCUAUCCUGUGCGACGCAUUGUUCAAAGGAGCUAUCAAAAAGGGAUCAGCGUAUCCGUCAGAGAUUCAUAAAAAGGAUGUUGGAUCGACUUUUAUAGGGAGGAUGCAGCCUCAUCAGGUGGUGAUGAGAGGAGGAUGCGAACCUGUGGUUCGUAAAGGAGGUAUAAAGCCGGUUCAGAUAAUGACGGAGCGAAGACAAGGUAACAAGAAAGUGACCAAGGUCUCGGGGAUAGAGACGUUCUUGAUGGAUCCUGACUCGUUUGGAUCAGAGCUGCAGAAGAAGUUUGCUUGUAGUACUUCAGUUAACGAACUUCCAGGUAAGAAAGGGUACGAGGUUCUGAUACAGGGAGGUGUGAUUAAAGAUGUGGCGAGGUAUAUGGUGGAACACUACGGAGUUCCAAAGAGAUACAUUGAAGUUCUGGAUAAGACUAGGAAAUGAUUUCAUUUGCUGCUAUCUUUCUUCUGUUUUACUUUUCGUUUUGUGUUCUAAAUUUUUAAUUUUAUUUAGUUUCCCUGAGGUUACUUUACUCAUCUUUUAUUUUUAGCUUUGUGAAAAUAAGAGAGAAAUGGGAAGUGAAUAAAUAGCAAGCAGUUAAAAGUCCGCUUGGAAGCA